CAACUCUCAUCUUCUCUGUCUGCUUUUAUUCUUCAUGAAUAGGUGUAUUUCGGUAUUACCAGUAUUAGCAUUGUUUCCCGUAAAGUCGUUACCCUGGAUUUUAACAUAGCCUUAGAUAAUUAAAGGUGUUUCUAACUGGAUAAGGAUCAUACUGGGAUCGACACGGGACCGACAUUCAGCACGGAUGCAGAUUUAGAACUGGUUAAGGACAUACAGUAAAAAAUGUACUUUGUACGUGACGGUAACUUACAUCGUGAUGCAUGAUUACGUGUAAGUUAAUUCGUUAUCAGUCAGCGGCGACAUAACCUUAAAGGAAAUUAAAUAUACUCCCUUCCUUUGAGGAGUCUUUGAAAAUUGCAAGUUCCUCGAAGGAACAGUUGAGGAGAUAUCCUUUACUAAAUAUCAUCGAUUUAGGUCUUCGACAAUGUCAGUUCUUGAGUUGACAUUAUUUUGACAUAGAAUUGAUUUACAUGAAAGUACCGCUACUUCUCCGAAAUAUCCUUGUAGGCAUCCCGAUUGGGAUAACCUUCUUGGAUACGGUAGGUUAUGUGGCCCGAGUAGAAGGUGUCUCGAUGCAGCCUGUCUUAAAUCCUGAUCUUCGACAAACCGACUAUGUCUUUCUAAAUCGAUGGCAAGUUCGUGGGUAUAAAGUGGAACGUGGAGAUGUAAUAUCUCUUACUUCUCCCAAGUACCCCAAUCAAAUGUUAAUUAAACGAGUGGUAGCGGUAGCAGGAGAUAUUGUACAUACGAUAGGCUAUAAAUCUGAAUUUCUUAAGGUACCAGAUGGUCACUGCUGGGUAGAAGGUGAUCAUACCGGUCAGUCCAUGGAUUCUAACUGUUUUGGACCAAUUUCGCUUGGUCUGGUUACAGCAAAAGCCACGUGUAUCGUCUGGCCGCCAAACCGUUGGCAAUAUCUUAACUCUUCGUUACCCGAUCACCGUAGACCACUUAAUUUACGGAGAACCGUAACGAUAUAAAGUUCUGAUCCAAGAUGAAAGCCGUUCGCUUUAUUA